CAUUGACCUUGAAGACGCCAGCUUUUCACCGUGCAGCUGAGUUAUGUUGUUUGUACGCUGAUGCUGUCAGGAUGCAGCCUUUGUUGUUUGUUGAUACAGAUUUAAUUAUAUAUAUUCCUAAUUGUUAAGCUGUGUAGUUAGAGACCAUGAAGCUAACACGGAAACUUGUGCUUGCUAAAGCUAAGGCCUCCGACUUGGAAAGCGUGAAGAAACUAAAUUGCUGGGGAUGCAACUUGACUGACAUUUCAAUCUUCUCUCAGAUGCCAAGCAUUGAAGUGUUGACUCUCAGUGUGAACAACAUCUCAUCUCUAUCUCCCUUGGCCGGCUGCCUGUAUCUGAGUGAACUCUACCUGAGGAGGAACGCCAUUCCUACAUUAUCAGAGCUCUGCCAUCUUCGCCCACUGCCGCGUCUCAGAGUCCUCUGGUUAGCUGAGAAUCCCUGCUGUGGAACUGAUCCCACGCGUUAUCGGCUCACCGUGCUGCGCUGCCUGCCUCGGCUCCAGAAGUUCGAUAAUCAAGUUGUAACCGAAGAUGAGCUAGCCCUGGCUCUUGUGCAAGGUGAUGAGGUCAGCACACCCACCGGCAGCUUCCAGAACCCGCUUUCUAGCAACGGCCUUCCAGAUGCAGACACAGAGAACGACCCCCUUAACUACAAUAUGGAGGAGACCAACAAAAUCAGAGAGGAGUUGGGAAUGAAGCCCCUCUCAAGAGAUAAGUUCUCGUCUCUUUCUUCUCCAUCAACUUUGGAGAAACCCACGAUGAGAAAGACCCAUGUCCUCGAUGCGGUUCUGCUUCUGUUGAGGGACCUGGAUGAAGAGGAGCUCCAGGUUGUGCACACAGCCACACAGAACAGGCUGCAGACCUUCACACUGGAUUCAGGAGACAAUCAGAGUUUGUCAGCUCAGAAAAAUGCAGACAUCCAACACUGAAAAUAUCUCCAGCAUGCACCAAGAACAAUUUUCCUUUUCUAACCUUUCCACAUCUGACUCUAAUCUCAGGACUCUUAAAA